UCCCGCGGCUGUGGGCCAGUAAAGCUGGAGGAGUGUCAGCUGCUGGAGGAGCUGGACGGUUUCAUAAACAGCGCAGAGGAACUGAGUCGAACUGCUGCUUUCACAGUUUGUCACAAUCAGGAGCUGCGACGACAGUAACAGAACAGAUCAGAACACACGUGGGAGCACUUUGACAUUGGGGAGACCAGAAGAAAGGAGUGCUCAAGAGGUGAAAACUGAAUCAUGGUGGCCAACAACCUCAACACGAACUCUGACCCCGCAGGGUCACGACCUCCUGCCCUGCGCUGGAGUCCAUUCAACAACAUCAAGUUCUUUGUGUUUUGCCACAGUUUGCUGCAGCUGGCACAGCUGUUGGUGUCGGGCUACAUGAAGAGCUCCAUCUCCACCAUCGAGAGACGCUAUGGCCUCUCCAGCCAGAAGUCAGGAGUCCUGGCUGCUUUCAACGAGGUGGGAAACACGGUCCUCAUCGUCUUUGUGAGUUUCUUAGGGAGUCGAGUCCACCGGCCGCGCUUCAUUGGAGGAGGAGCUUUGCUGGCCUGCCUGGCCUCGCUGCUGAUAGCGAUGCCGCACUUCCUGAGCGGACCAUAUGACUACACCGACCGCAUCAGCUCCUCCGGGGAUAACAGCUCUGGCCUCUGCCAAUCAGAGAGCACCCUCACCACCUCAUCGUCCAAUCAGAGCUGCAGCCAGAAGGAGAGCCCCGCCCAGCAGGUGGUGUACCCUCUGCUGCUGCUGGGUCAGCUGCUGCUGGGUAUCGGAGCCGUCCCCAUCCAGCCCUUUGGCAUCUCCUACAUCGACGACUACGCCAGCAAGAAGAACUCGCCGCUCUACCUCGGAAUGCUCCUCGCUGUGACCUCCAUCGGCCCGGCUGUCGGCUUCAUCACCGGCUCCAUCAUGCUGCGCUUUUAUGUCGACUUUGACAAGUUAUCCAAAGGACAGCGCAGACGAUGUCAAGUCCAGACUGGACUGUAAGCAGCAGCAGACAAACCCGCUGCAGGAACUCUCCCUUCUUCAGUUCCUCAAAAGUUUCCCUCGUAUCGCUCUGCGAACACUGCAGAGCCCCAUCUACCUGCUGGUGGUUCUGGCCCAGGUCAACCUGGCAGCGCUGCUGGCCGGCCUCGCCACCUUCAUGGCCAAGUUCAUUGAGAGACAAUUCAGCCAGACUGUCUCCUUUUCCACCAUGAUGAUAGGAGGAAUCUGUAUCCCGAUGGCAGUGCUGGGCACCAUCCUGGGUGGAGUUCUGAUGCGGAGACUGAAUAUUUCGGUCAGCGGUGCCAGCAAGUUGUGCACCGUUGCCAUCCUACUCUGCUUGUUCUCGUCCACGCCGCUGUUGCUCAUUGGCUGCCCCACCCAGAAGGUUGCCGGGGUUUUUCCUCACAGCUCUAGUGUGUCGUGCAGCUCCGUCUGUCAGUGUCCUCAGGAGGCGUUUAACCCGGUCUGCGGUUCGGACGGCGUGGAGUUCAGGUCUCCAUGCCACGCCGGCUGUAGCGCCGCAGAGAUAGACAACGACGCCAAAGUCACAAACUACACUGAGUGUCGGUGUGUUGGUGGUCUCGGCUUUGCGUCUCCGGGAACCUGUGGCAGCGGAUGCUCCCACCUCCUGCUCCCCUUCAUGGCCCUGCUGGGCAUCACCGCAUUCAUCGCCGCCUUCUCACAGACCCCCUCCUACAUCAUGAUACUCAGGACGGUGCCCACGGAGGACAAGUCUUUUGCUGUGGGAGUGCAGUACAUGCUGUUCAGAGUGCUCGCGUUCAUGCCCGGCCCGGUGUUGUAUGGCAGUGUCAUCGACUCCACUUGCAUCCUGUGGGGUAAAAAGUGCGGUAAGCAGACUUCCUGUCUGUACUACAACCUGGAUCGCUUCAGACAGAGGUUUCUGGGCAUGCAGGUGGUCUUCGUGUGCGGGGGGCUGCUCUGUUUCCUGCUGACCAUCGUGGUCCUGCGCAGGAGGGCCAGGAGUCAGGAACCACAGCCGGAAAGCAAAGGAGGGUACGAGCUGGUGAACAGGGAGAAAACACUGGAGAUCGCUUUGUCCAAAGAGAAAGAAGCGAACGGCAUCAAGACCUGAGGCGAAGAAGGAAAGAAUCAGAGAGGCUGAACGGGAAGCUGCGAUGCUACCAAAGCAGUGUGUCGAGUGCCUGUAUAACAAGGCUAAGAUUACAUUUCUUACAUCCAAUACAAAUAUUACAGUCUUUGCUAACAUUUUCAGUGGUGGAAGAAGUAUUCUAAAGUUCCAUAUGUAAGAUUUUAUGUGUCAGUGUGUGUGAGCAGACAGUGAACGCAGGGGUUGUAGUGUAGCUUUGUUCUCUGUGCCUGUGGCUGA